CGACAGUCAGUGGGGAUUGCACAAAGUCGUUUGUGAACAACCCACCAUGGCCGCCAAUCGCAUGCCUUGGCUCCAGGGCAAGACUGUUCGAAAAGUCAACGCUGCUCAUCCCACUCAUUCACGCUCGUCUUCUACUCCUCAAUUGCAAAGCGGUACAACCAUCUACGGUGGUGGGGUGAAGGAUCCCUCUGGGCGAAUCACAGAGUACUCGUCCGAGUUCGAUCAAUGUCCUGUAUGCAAAUCCGACAAGUGUGAGUCGUGUAUCGACCGACUGUUCACCCUUGGACCGGCACCGUGUCCCAUUUGUAACAAAACCCUUCGCAAACUCGCUUUCACCCCCCAAACAUUUGAAGACCUCGGUGUAGAGAAGGAGAUCGCGGUCCGCCGACGUAUUGCCAAAGAGUUCAAUAAGCGGUCUGAGGACUUCAUGAGUCUACGAGACUACAAUGACUAUUUGGAGGACGUCGAGGACAUCACAUGGAAUCUCAUCAAUGACAUCGAUCCCGCCGGUACCGAGGCUCGGAUUGUUGCAUACCGGGAAGCCAACGCUGCUCUUACUUUGCUGAAUACACAGCGCGAAGAAGCGUACGUGCUGUCCUUGAAGCAAGCCGAGGAGGCGGAGCGUAAGGAGAAGGAGAUGAGGGCUGAGGCCAUGAGGAGGGAGGAGGAAGAGGAACGCGUCGCCCGCGAGUCAGGGAAGAAGGAGAUCAUUGACCGACUCGAGCGAUCGGACGGCAAGAGCGCUGCCAAGAUUGUCCGGCAAUCAAAACGGGAGCGAGCAGAGAAGGAAGCCAGCCGCAGGGGUGUGUCGGAUGGCCAAGGUCCCCAAGCGUUGCUGCGUGCGCGCCUGGCCGCUGUUGCUGCUGCAGCGAAAGACACACCUCAUGUUCCUCUGCAAGAUGACUACUACGCAUACGAGGACAAGUUCACUCUCCAGGCCGUCUAUGUCGAUCCGGCUAGUGAGGCAGUUCGGAAGGAUCGGGAGGGAAUCAUGCGUGCGGGAGGGUAUCGUGUUGAAGAGGCCUGGGAGAGGGCUUUGCGCUCAGCAGUGGCUGGAUUAGACGUAUGGCCACUAGACAUGCCUGUUCAUCAAGUCGACCAGAGCGGCGAUGUGAUCAUGACAUAG